UGCCUCGCCUCACAUUUAGACAACAGCGACCUCAUCGCUUGCAUGGUAGUAACGAAGGACGGUGGACAGGCCCAGCGCUUCCUGGCCGUUGAUGUGUACCAGAUGAGCCUGGUGGAACCGGACAGCAAACGCCUCGGGUGGGGCGUGGUCAAGUUCGCGGGCCUGCUUCAGGACAUGCAGGUGUCCGGCGUUGAGGACGACAGCAGAGCCCUGAACAUCACUAUCCACAAGCCCACGUCCAACCCGCAUGCUAAGCCAUUCCCCAUCCUGCAGGCCAGCUUCGUGUUCGCCGACCACAUCCGCUGCAUCAUAGCCAAGCAGCGGCUGGCCAAGGGCCGCAUCCAAGCCCGGCGCAUGAAGAUGCAACGUAUAGCCGGUGAGUCUCCAUCCAAGCAGUCCGUAACAGACGAGUAG